GCGACGAAGCUGCGUCCGGCUCCCUCAGUCGCUUCGCAACGUAUCGUGAAACUUGUUGCUUCAUAACAUAGCGUACAGCGACUGUCAGCUGACUAGUGUCAAGUGUAGCGUCCGUCACAAGUCAUGUGACUGAUUGACGUAACUGUCAUAACCGUGGUAUUGUCGAGCGAAGUUUGUUUUGGAACAAUAUACUAAACAUGGCCAUCAAGAAGAUUCUACUUUUGACAACCAAGAGUAGUAAUAACUACGACAGACAAAAUUAUGAAUCCUUAAGCGUGCAGAAACCGAAAUAGUAAUUUAAAUGGAGUUAAAUAAAAAUAUUUUAGGUGGCAAUUAAAUGCGAUGUUUUGAGUGCAAUGGAUUUGAAAAUGCCAUCAAAUACGUGACGAAAUGAGUAAACUGUAACAUAACUCAUACAUGACGCUUGUAUUUUUAAAAGUAUGUAUACUGAUAAUCGUGAUAUAUUACCAACUAGGUUGUUUGGUACAGAUAAUCAUGUCUUUUAUGAAAAAUUACGUAAAGUAGUUUCCUAACUUUGUAUCCACCAACAAAAUUUGUUUAAAUUUUAGUUACAAAAAACCAAUAUAAUCAUUUAAAUUUAUUAAAAUUGUUCUAUAAAGUUUUGUAAGCUCACUUUCUAACCUUCAAAUGCAAACUUUUACAUAAGCCAUGAACGUUACCCUAUACGAAGCUCUGAGGCGGGCCAACAUAGAUACGUUUUCUAGCAACUCCACUAACACAACUCCGACAGAUGACUACAACUCCACCUACAGACAGGAUAUAAUAGACGACAAGGCUGUACAGGGAGUGUUCUGUCUACUCUAUACCACCAUCUUCGUCCUGGGACUGUUCGGCAAUGUGUUGGUGUGCUAUGUAGUGGCGCGCAACAAGGCUAUGCACACUGUCACCAACUGCUUCAUCACCAACCUCGCUCUGUCGGACAUACUUCUAUGUGUCCUUGCAGUCCCGUUCACUCCUCUCUACUCGUUUUUAGGUCGGUGGAUCUUCGGCCGCGUGUUGUGCCAUAUGGUGGCGUACGCUCAAGGCACCAGCGUCUACAUCUCCACUCUGACGCUCACCUCCAUCGCCAUCGACCGCUUCUUCGUCAUCAUCUACCCGUUCCAGCCACGCAUGAAGCUCUCUACCUGUCUCUGCAUCAUCGUCAUCAUCUGGGUGUUCAGUCUUCUUGUCACUUUGCCCUAUGGCAUCUACAUGAACCACCGCAGCCUAGAGGGCAGGUACUACUGUGAAGAAGACUGGCCAUCCGAGAAGUUUAGACAGGCGUAUGGUGGGAUGACAGCAACGUUGCAAUUUAUUCUUCCAUUCUUCAUCAUCGCGUUUUGUUACGUACGAGUCUCUCUCAAACUGAACGACAGAGCGCGCUGCAAGCCAGGGUCCAAGAACACCCGCAAAGAGGAGGCUGACCGUGAGAGGAAACGAAGAACCAACCGGAUGCUGAUCGCAAUGGUCACUAUAUUCGGAGUCUCGUGGUUGCCAUUGAACCUCAUCAACCUACUGAAUGACAUCUACAUCCCCACGGGAACGUGGAAGUACUACUACUUAUCCUUUUUCAUGGUGCACGCCCUUGCCAUGUCAUCGACUUGCUACAACCCAUUCCUGUACGCUUGGCUCAAUGACAACUUCAGGAAAGAAUUCAAACAGACUUUGGUUGCGCAGGUGUUGCCGUGUUUCGACGCUGGUAGAUCAGGUGGUCCAGGCAGCCAAGGUAGUGCGGGUCGUGUGGGAGGCUGGAGGUCUGAGAGGACCUGCAAUGGUAACGAAACUUGCCAGGAGACACUCCUGCCUACCUCUGUAGUCAUCCCUAACAAACAAGGGGACUCUCCUCCGGGCCCACCACCAGCCAAUCAUCAGCCCAACCACUCAAAAACAAAGGAGAACAGCCGCGGGUGGUUGACUAAAAGCCACGACAGUGUGGAGGUGGUGCUGGUCGCCUACACCGCGGGGGAGGACGUGGUGCAUAUCACGGACCCUUCAGACAAACCAAGGGACAAGGAGAGGGCUCACCUUACUGCAGAGAUCGUCUAGCAUAAGACUGGUGUGAAGAAGGUGAAGUUUUCUCCAGACAUCCUCUGAACACUAAAAGACUGUAAGGUAUCUACGCUCAAAGUUCAUCCAAACGAGGACGAGGAAAAUAUACUACGUAAUAAAUUAUACAUAUUUACUGUUAAGUGUUAUCUGAGUGGAGUUGUAAAUAUAGGGUUAAGAUUAGAUAGCAAGUUGUUUAAAAUCUAUAUGUAAGCACUGUAAUCUUUGUUGAUGGUCAAAACCUACAGUACUCAUUUCCCUGUGAUAAGCAAGUUUUUGGUUGUGUACUCCAAAUACGUUCAGUGUAAUAUUAUACAUGUUAAACAAAAAUGUAAAAAACAGCAGUUUUGUGUACGAUUAACUGUUUUUGUAUGUUGGCUAAAUGAAGGAACUGUUCGCUUAAUUCCGUGAAGACGUUGUAUUGUUAGCUAUGGAACUAAAUUACGGUAGUUUUUGUCGGGUAUGAUAUCGCAAUAUCGUAAUGAGUAGAAACUUUUUAAAGAACUACGGGAACAUCAUCGGUCAUAAAUGAAUCAAAGUAAUAAAAUACAACGUAUAUGAUUUACAAAUCAAUACAAAUAAUUAGUCAUUGUACCACUAUGAUACUUUUGGAUAUAAAGAUGUAAUAUUUUUUUAGUCCGGCAUAAAUGAGUGCUAAGUAGAAUAAUCAAAAGUCAAACUAGACACAGAACGAACGGAAAGCCUUUAUUUGCAGUGAAAGACAGUUAAUUAGGGCGUAACGAGGUGAAACGUUUAAAGUUUGUAUUUAAAGGGUAAAUUUGUCUGCUAGAAUUAGUAACUAUAAUCAAGAAAGUUUUAUCGACGAUAAAUACAGGAACUAGAUUAAAUCUCUUCAUAUUUAUAACUAUGGCCUAAGUUGUAUUAUAGAGUUGUAAAUACUAAUUUGUUUGUAAUGUUUACGUAUAUUUUACUAUAGUUUUACUGUAAAGUAUUGUAACUAUUUAAAACAAUGAUCUCAUUAUUAUAAUUUUAUAAAUUUGUAUUGUGUUAAGCAAUGGUUCUAUUGAUCGUUUAUUUCGUUGACUAAUUUAUGUGCUAACUAAGUCGCGUGAAACGGGUGGCUUAAGGCCUGAGCUCCUUCUUAAGCCCUCUUUUCACUGACUAAGUUUGUAAAUAAAUAUAUUUCUCCAAACA